AUGGCCGCGGUUCAGCCAUCAAUGCCGGCGCCCGCGACAGGCUCGGCGUCGACCGCGACGUCGGUCUCGGCGUCUGACGAUACAAAAGAUGCCGUGGCCAAGCCGGGGGCCGCUGAGAUCCCCGUGCGCACCAAGGAGUCCUUCGACCGGCUGAUGGUUGAGCGCUACACGAUGCGCGACUCCAUCGCCGCGUCGGCCCUCAGCCAGCAACUCAACCAGACCAUGAAGUCGUCCCACGAAAUGCGUGAGAUGAUUACCGAGUACCGAAACGUGCGCAACGGAUACCAGCAAUGGUUCCCCCCCAGCAGAUUAUACGGCGAAGGCUACAACGGGUAUGCCAAUGGAUAUACAGAGAGCCACGGCCCCUCCCGAGUCGUGUAUCCGUCACAGAAGCCUCGCCCCGGCCACCGAACAACCCCGCCCUUGAAAUAUAGCCGCAAGGAUAUGCUCAAGCAGGCAGAGCAACAUGAGGAUUUAGUGCCGCUGAGGCUGGAUGUCGAGUGGGACAGAGUCAAGCUGCGCGACACCUUCACAUGGAAUCUACAUGAGCGUCUCUUGGCCGUCGAGCUGUUCGCUGCGCAGCUAGUCGAAGACAUGGGCCUGAAACCUCCUGCCUCACAGCCUGUCUAUGAGCAAGUCGUGCAGCAGAUGCGAGAGCAGCUCAAUGACUUUUACCCUUUCGCUUAUUACGAAGAAGACUCGCUAGACCCAGAGCUCCCGUAUUCCGCCUAUAAAAACGACGAGAUGCGCAUUCUAGUCAAGCUAAACAUCACAAUCGGACAGCACACCCUGGUCGAUCAGUUCGAAUGGGAAAUCAACAACCCGAAUAACUCGCCGGAAGAGUUUGCUGCCAGCAUGACUCGAGAUCUUUCCCUGUCUGGAGAAUUUACGACGGCGAUUGCCCACUGUAUCCGCGAGCAGUCGCAGCUCUUCACAAAGAGUCUCUACAGCAUUGGCCACCCAUUCGAUGGCAGGCCGGUCGAAGAUUCGGACCUGGUGGCUGCCUUCCUGCAGACACCCUUGCCAACUGUAUUCCGCCCGCAGCAACAAGCCAAGGAAUACGCCCCGUACCUGUACGAAAUGAGCGAAGCCGAUUUAGAGAGGAACGAAACCGUCUUUUCUCGUGAUCAGCGUCGUCAGAAGCGAUCGAUUAACCGAAGAGGUGGACCGCAGCUUCCUGACCUCAAAGAUAGGCAACGCACCAUCCGGACGCUCAUCGUCUCAUCUGUACUCCCUGGUGCUGCGGCAAACAUUGAAGAGAGCAGGCUGUACAAGAAGGUGGCGGGCCCUCCCAGGAAGCGACCCGCCCGUGAUGGUGAGAUAUCAGAGUCCGACGAAAGCGAGGAUUCAGCGCCCGAGUCUCCUGCGCCCUCAAAUAUGGCUGGUACGGCUCGUACGAGGAAUAUGCGCGGCGCUGCAACUGCCGCCCAACAAAGAAUGGCCAAUUUGGGCCGGUCAGAAACUCCAGAUAUAUCUAGUCACCAUCAUGAGACUAGGACGUCGCGUCGCGUCCGCGAGGAAACGGAAGAACGUAUGAGUCUAUGGGUGACGCUGAGAAUCAACAAUAGGGACAAGCUGAGGAGAGUUACGACUGGCGAUUAUCGCGACUUGGCGACCCCCUCAGUACCGCCCGAUACCCCUGGCUCAACAUCCAACACGAGAACACCGACCUUUACAGCUCCGCCAAGGCCCAAUGCAAACACACCUGUUCCAGCUCCUACUUCAUCUUCUUCGGCUCCUGCACCUCAGUCAACAGGCGCUUCAGGGGCCGUUCCUCCCGGCCAGAUAGGUCGCCUGCCUGCGCCGCCGCACAUUCCCGGCCAAUCCCCUCCCCCAGCACCUCCUCCACCUGAAUGGCUUGUACAGUCAUUAAGAGAGCUCGAAAGUCACUACCCCAAUGGUGACAGGUUCGAGGCCAUUAUGAAAUAUUCACAUCUCGACCCGGUCACGGAGCUGCCCAUUCAAACACAGCCAAUGCCGGAAGGCGUCAAAUAUGCUUGGCUCCCUCGCAUCCGCUGUCUGGACUGCACAACAAAGCUUUAUACCCCUGGCCCAGACAUGACAGCGCAAAAGUUUGAGGCCCAUCUCAAAUUCUCUGGGCAUCGUGAAAGGGUCAGGGCCAGACUAGCAGCCCAGGGCAAUGCUGGGGGAUCCUCA